UCAGUGCUUCGCGGUAGAGCCACCAGAAUCAAGUGUUGUUGUUGAGACACACUUUUUUUUAUGUUGACUUUUCCAGAAUGGCCUCGUGGCCCGGGAAUGGGAUAGAGGAGGCACGUGCACCUAUCCUGGACAGUUGUGAUGAUGGAGAGUCAGGAGCAGAGAGUUUUCUCACUGAUUAUGAGAUUGCUUAUCAGCAGGGACUGCAUCCAGGAGAGGAUGUAAUUAGUUUGAGACCCAAAAAAGGACCGCAAAAAGCAUGUGCACCUAUUGCUGACAGUGAUGACGAUGGAGAAUCAGGAGCAGAGAGUUUUCUCACUGAUGAUGACAUUGCCUAUCAACAGGGACUGGAUCCAGCUGAGGAUUUUUAUGAUGAGCAGCAGGAGGCUGAAGAGCCAAACACCUCUGCCGCAGGACAACAUGCCAGCUCCUCGUCUUCUUCUUCAGAAGGACAGCAGUCCCCCCAGCAUGGGAGAGAUCAAGGACAUGUGCUGCCUCUAAAAAGAUCUCAUUCCCCACCACACAAAACGGCACGGGGAUCCAGGUCCAAGCGUGGAAGAGGUGCAUCAAGAGGCCAGAAAAUAUCUAGAUCCUCGUCUCCACUUCAGCCACGCCUGGAGACAAAGCCAGAAAUCCUAUCCUGGAAAACCCAGGCAGAUCCCGAUGUAUGUCCAGAGCCUAAAAAGUUUGCCCCGGCAAGACCUUCUGGACAUCAGCUGAACUCUAACACCUCAUACACCCCAAUUGACCUUUUCAAGCUGUUUCUCAGCAAUGAUGCGGCUCAAACUAUUUGUCAACACACAAAUAAACAAGCCGCUAAAUGCAUUAAAAAAGGCAAAAGAUAUUCAUGGACUGACAUCAGCGUCCAAGAGUUUUUCAAGUAUGUGGGGCUGAAUUUCUUCUUCGCUUUGGUGAAAAUAGGCAAUAUCCAGGAUUACUGGAAAAAGAACACCAUUUUCAGUCUGUCUUUUCCUGCCACCAUCAUGCCACGGGACAGAUUCCGGGUGAUAACCUGGAACAUUCACCUGAGCGAUCCCGAUAAGGAUGCUGAGAACGACCGAAAGAAGGGGACGCCAGAUUACGACCACCUGUUUCGGCUGAAGCCCCUCAUGGACACCAUCAAAAACGCUUGCAGAGCAUUUUACCACCCCAGGCAGAACCUUUCAAUCAAUGAGAGGAUUGUGACGACAAAGGGCCAUAAUUUACUGCCAAAGCACAUCAAAGGGAAGCCGCCCAAGUGGCGUUUCAAACUCUUUGUGUUGGCCGACAGCGUUAAUGGAUACACCUUGGACUUUUCUGUGUACACAGGAAAGUCACAGUUUGCCUCGGGCGUGGGAAUUGCAUAUGACUCUGUCAUGUCCCUGAUGAAGUCAGCAUACCUGGGCAGCGGCUUUCAGCUGUUUGUGGAGGAGUUCUACACCAGCCCGAAACUCUUCAAGGAUCUGUUUAGCCUGAAUAUCGGCGCAUGUGGCUCAUACAGAGACAACAGAAGGGGAUGUCCUCGCACAGAAACAAACGCUCUGCAGAAAAAGGAUCCUGCAGGUUCCAUCAGGUGGAUCCGUGACGGCCCGCUUGUGUUUGUGAAGUGGAUGGACACCAGCGAGGUGUCUGUCUGCUCUACAAUCCACGAGGCGUUCUCUGGCAGCACCGUGCAGAGGAGAGUCAGAACAAAAAACGGCACCUGGAUCACCAAAUCCGUGCCAUGCCCCACACCUGUCAUGGAAUUCAACAAGCACAUGGGAGGCGUGGAUUUGACCGACCAGCUGAUCCAGUCCUACUCCGUACAUCACAAGAGCAUUCGCUGGUACCGGACAUUGUUCUUUCACUUCCUGGACAUCGCAGCCUCUAACAGCUUCCUCCUGCACAAGGAGCUCUGCAGAGAGAAGCAGGAGGAACCUGGGACCUACAAGGCCUUCCUGCAGGAGCUGACGGCCCAGCUGUGUGGCGUCUCCGUUGUGGUCCCUCGUGCCCAGGGACACAGCGGACACUUGCCCGUGGCAAUCUCUGAGCAAACUGAUGCAAGCAAGAGGGCGUCGUAUGGACGCAGGACGUGUUUAAACUGCAGGGAGAAAAGGGGGGUGAAGCUGUCUACUCCCUGGAAGUGCAUGGAGUGUGACGUUGCCCUGUGUCUCAUAGCAAACAGGAACUGCUUUCAGGACUGGCACAAAUAACACUUUACACACAAAAACACUCAAGACUUGAGAGAAAUGUAAAUAGUUCUUGAUAUAUUUUAAAAGGUUUAUUUUCUCCUGAUCAC